CCACUCCUCGCAGACAAAGCCACGCGUUCCAGCUCCCGACACCUAAAAGGCAAAAAAAAAAAAAAAAAAAAACAUUCCCGACCACCUCGCCGCCGGCCGCAGCGGCGCCACGGUGUUCGGCUAGGGUUCCGGCGACAGCUCCCCGAGGCCCUAGAGACUUACACAGCUGCGCCAGGUCGUCAGGGAGAGAUGGUGUUUGUGUGGCUCACCGCGUUCUUCCUCGUCGUCGCGCUCAUCGUGCUCGUCAUCUACCAGCUGAUGUGCCUGGCAGAUCUGGAGUUUGAUUAUAUCAACCCGUUUGAUUCAUCAUCUCGAAUAAAUAAAGUGGUUAUGCCAGAAUUUGUAUUGCAAGCACUUCUAAGCGUGUUGUUCCUUUUAUCUGGGCAUUGGGCGAUGUUCUCGCUUUCUGUCCCAAUGGUGUACUACAAUUAUACACUGUACCAGCGUCGGCAACAUCUGGUAGAUGUAACAGAGAUAUUUAAUCAGCUUGGUCGGGAGAAGAAGCGCCGUUUUUUUAAGAUAAUUAGUCUCAUUGUUCUCCUAUUCUUGUCCUUGUUCUGGAUGAUCUGGAGUGUAUUAUCGGAGGAGGACGAGUAGACUGACAAAAUCCCAAUGGUAGCUCAUUCUGGUCUUGCAGUCAGUAGCUUGGUAACACCACAUAAAGAGUCAUCAUGGCAGGCUGAACAUCACAUCAUAUUUCAUAUUACUGAUUUUUGUAUCUGCUGGUCGAAUACUCGAAUGUAGGUCAUCUGGAUCAGCAAGGGGAAAAAAAGCAACCUGCCCGGCUGCCCCCAACAGUAAGAUUUGCCUGGCAAGCUGUUUGUUGUUUCGAAAUAGUGAAGCUCCUAUUGUAGCGUGCACCAUGUAAGAUUUGUUGAAUUGAAUUGUAAAUCAAUUCUCACGGGGCAAAAUAAAUAGUUCCACAGAAA